AUGACAACAGUCGCCUCCGGCUUCCUCUCUUUCUCUCCGGCGAUACAUCCGGCAAAAUCACGACGGCCAUUUCUAAAUCGAUCCGCUUCACUUCCCGUGGUUUCAGCAUCGUUAACCCAAAUCGAAGCAGACACAACAACAAUAGCAACAACAGCAAGAAGCAUCUAUUCAAGUAUUGUCGUCUCAGAAAAACCAAUUUGGUCCGAGUUCUUACAUAACGUCUCUCUAGUAGCAGAUCUGGAUCCAGGAACCGCGAAGCUUGCAAUUGGAAUCUUAGGUCCUGCAUUUUCAGCUUUUGGGUUUCUCUUCAUCGUGAGAAUCGUUAUGUCUUGGUACCCGAAACUUCCUGUUGACAAGUUUCCUUACGUUUUGGCUUACGCUCCGACCGAACCAAUCCUUGUUCAGACGAGGAAAGUGAUUCCGCCACUCGCAGGUGUCGAUGUGACUCCAGUUGUUUGGUUCGGUCUUGUGAGUUUCCUUAGUGAGAUUUUGGUUGGUCCUCAGGGACUUCUUGUUCUUGUUUCUCAGCAACAAGUUAGCUAG